AUGAGUAAUUAUCAUAUAUCAGUAACAUAUGAUGGUGAACAUAUCGAUGGUCCAUCGUAUCAUUUACCUUUAUGUGCUCAACCAUCACAAGAACAAGUUGUUUCAGCGGCUCUUUCACAUCGAAUGAAUCCACCUCGUGUUAUUAUUGAAUCUAUUGAAUUUUAUGUUUAUAAACAAAAAGAUAAAAAACUAAACAAUAAAAAUAUUAAACAACGAUCGAAAGCUAGAAGAACUGUUAUUGCUGAAGUCGAUGAUGAUGAAACAGAAAAUGGUGAAGAAAUUAAAAUAAGAAAAAAACUAACUCCAAAUAAACGAAAAACAUCUAUUUCAAAACAAGAACAAUUCGAAGAGCCUAUAUCGAAAAAACUUCGAAGUACUACUGCUUUGCAUAACAAAAGCACCUAUUGGAACUCGACAAAAUUACAAAAAAUUAAUGAACGUAAUACAAGAAUUGGUGAAAAAAUUCAAAGCCUUCGUUCACAUCAAGCAGUUCUACCAACAUUACCAUCACCAAUUCGUACUCGAUCAACCAAUGGAAAACAAGAUGUUUUCGUUGCACCAGCUCAGAAUAGUUCACCUGUUAGAAUUAAGACAGCAUCACGUGUUACAUUUGCACUUCCUCGUCCAGUAGCAUCACCAAUUCUAGCGAAUGUUUUCUAUCCAAUUCAUCCACCAAGUCCUUAA